GCACAAACAAAAAACAAGCAGGCGAAAAUUUGGAUCCGAAUGAAUCAACACGUCCGGGUGAACUCGUUACUCGUCCCCUGGACGCGGCUGCGCCAUUUCUUUUAAAAAAAAGUUAACGUUGAACCAGAAAGUCCGCGGCUUUAGUUUUAAGUCAAGCUUUGACUCUUCCUUCUCCACAUUCCACAACCUCCAACGCGGUACUAUUCUCUACUCAAUAACUCAACAGAACAGAACAAAUACAAACGCGAAACAGAAAGAAAGAGAAAAUCAAACCUAACGUUAUCCUAAAUCCAUUAUCCUCUUCUGUUCUCUUCUAUAUCAGUAUCACCGAUCGACUUCAACCAACUCUCGCCGUGCCUUUCACUCUUUGACCUGACCACCAUGCCACUCUCCCCGUGAAAUGACGUCAGCACCACCAACGCCCUCGUCGGCGUCAGUUUCAGCCGCGAUUGACUCUAUCCAGCAAUCGCUCUCUGAGCUCUGCCCCACCGGGGACCACCAACCUCGGUUCUACUUCGACAACCCUCGGCGUUUCUGCUCCUUCGCAAGCCGCCUCCAGUUCAUUCUCCAACAGCUCCUCCGCUCCUCCCCUUCGCCUGAGUCUCUCCCCGCCGCCGCACUCACUGCACUCAAAGGAAUCUCUGCCGAUCUCUCUGUAGCCGCCGAUGCGGCUUCGCUUUACUCCAAACGCAGCAAGAUCUUCGUCCUCGUCAAUUGCCGAUCGCUCUGCGGUUCUCUCCAAGAGCGCACUUCAGCCAUAGCCAAUUGGCUUGCUUUGCUCGACUCCGACCUCCCCGAUCUCCGCAAAAGAAUCGCCGAUCUCUCCCGAGACAUGAAGCAAACUCAAUUCACUGUAACGGAGAACGAGGAGAGAGUGCAUUGUACGCUACAGAAAGAGGGACAAGGAAGACGAACAAGCAAAGCAGUACAAAGCGCCAUAAUCAUGGACUUAGCGCGAGCUCUAGGGAUUGAAUCCGAUAACUAUUCCGAGUUAUCGGAGCAAGUCAAGCUCUUCAAAGACGACCUAACGCGUUCCAAUUCGAUAUCCGAGAGGCGGAUUUUGGUCUCUCUGGAGAGAAUCUUAAGCAACUGGUCAGUUCAGCCGGACAUCGUUGCGCCGACACUGGACUUCGAUUUCGAAGACGACGCCGCUCAGAUAUCGCCGUUCAAGAAUUUCCUGUGUCCUUUAACCAAAGAGGUGAUGAAGGAUCCCGUGGUGCUCGAGUCUUCUCAGAACUACGAGCGCACCGCCAUUGAGUACUGGUUCGAGCGGUGCAUAGAGGACGGUCGUGAUCCGACUUGUCCAGUCACCGGACAGGUGCUCAAGUCGUUGGAGUUGAAACCGAAUAUCGGAUUGGCCGGAGCAAUUGAGGAGUGGAUUAGUAGGAAUAUUGAAAUUCAGGUUAAGACCGCAGUGCAAUGUCUUAGUGAGGAGCCUGUUGCAGUGGAAAACAUUGAGAGAAUACUGGAUAGUAUCUAUAAGGUUUCGGAAGAUUAUCCUAGUUGUAGAUAUAGAGUGAGGAAUGCUGGCAUUGUUCUCCUCAUUGUUAAAUUGCUUAGGAAUUGUUCCAAGAGUAUAGGGACGCAUUUGAGAAGCAAGGCGCUUAUGACUUUGUUUAGCAUGGCUAGAGAUGAAGAAAGCAAGAAAAUAAUGCUUGAAGAGGGUAUCACUAGAUUGGCCAUACAUGGUCUUAUUGGGAGCUCAGAGAAAGAGAGAGAGUAUGCUGUGAAGUUAUUACUUGAGUUCUCUAGUGAUGAAGCUUGUUGCACAAAAAUUGCAUCAGAAAAAGGUGCAUUAGUUCUUCUCUCAAGCCUGGCAGGAAAUCUGGAGCAUCCUUCUUUAUCCAAUCUAGCUGAGGAGGUCUUGAAGCAAAUGGAGAAGGUGGAGGAAAAUGUUCAACCUUUAGCAGCUGCUGGGAGAUUUGAACCCUUACUUAGUCGGCUAUGUGAAGCUUCUGAUGAUGUUAAAAUAGAGAUGGCAUCUAUUGUGGGAAGGAUGACAUUGACAAAUAGCAGUAAAGAACAAAUUGCUAGGCAAAGUUCAAAAAUACUAGUUGAAUUACUAUCUAAGCCAGAAGGAAGGGCACCAAGCUUGCAAGCACUGUAUAAUUUGUCAGGGUUCGAUGAUAAUGCAACCAUCCUUGUUGAUGCUGCAGUGCUUCCAGCUCUUAUAAAUAUUCUGUUUGAAAGUCAGGAUGAUUCUCCUGAUUUGAAGGAAUUGGCUGCAUCUACAAUUGCCAACAUUGUUUCAAAUCCAGGACACUGGGAGUUGGCAUCCAUUGACAAGAAAGGUCAUUCAAUGCAGUCCAAAUCAUUUAUAAUUAGUCUUUUGGAGCUUCUAUCUGCUGCACCCGUUCAAUGUCAAGCACCCAUUCUCCAUAUCCUAUAUGGAAUUGCAUCAUCUCCCCAAGCAUCAGAGUCGGUAACAUCUCAUGUAAAAUCUGGGGAAGGCAUCAAAACCAUCAUAUCAUUUCUUGAACACCCAGAAGUUGAACAUAGAAUUUAUGCUUUCAGACUUACAAGAGUACUCUCAGAAAGGUUUGGUCAAGAUUUAGCAAAUGAGUUGAGACCUAACAAGCUUCCCUUGUUGAAAGACAAACUCUUAGACAACCAAUCUACAGAAGGUGAGCGAUCUGAUGCUGCUUGUAUACUUGCUAACCUUUCCCUAUCAGAAGAUGAAGUGAAAACACUAUUAGGUGCUAGUUUUGUGAAAUGGACUGUUACUACUCUCAGAAACCAGAGCCGCAGCUCCAAUGUGAGGAUUUCUCGACCAGCAUCAAGCAUGGCGGAGGGGCUUCUUGGACUUUUACUUCACUUUACAAGGAGUCUUGAUUCGCAAACUCUUAGUAUUGUGAAAGAGCAUCGCCUUAUGACCAUUUUCUGUGGGCAGCUUGGUUUUUCUUCAAAACCAAGAGUGAAACAACUAGCUGCCCUUGGAUUGAAAAACUUGUCCGAAUGCGGAAGGUCAGUUACUUCUGGGGACGCAGAACCACCACCUCCCCAAGGAUUCUGCUCUUUCUUAGUGUUCAUGUGUGGGAGGGCUUCAAAGAAUCCUUCUACAUGUCCCAUACAUGAUGCUGCAUGUGAAGAAGAUAGUCAGUUGUGUUUGCAUAAGAGCAGCUGUAUCAAACCCCUGGUUGAGCUUCUAGCAGAUGAGGACACUGGUGUUCAGAUUGCGGCAGUGGAUGCACUUUCCACACUAGUGUCGGAUACCUCUAACAAUUUCAAGAGAGUAGUUGAAGAGCUUGAGCAGCAGGGUGUGAUCGAUGCCCUGAUCACUCUUUUCACAGAAGUUCGACUGGGAGAGCUUCAAGAGAGGGCAAUUUGUAUGAUAGAGAGGAUUCUGAGAGUGGAAAGCCAGAGUCAACGGCUUGGGCUUAAUCAAUCUUUGGUUAGGGCAUUGGUGGAAGCCUUUAAACAUGGGAGUGCCAAUGCAAAGAGGCAUGCUCAGGAUGCGCUUACCAACCUAAAACAGAUAUCAGGUGUUAGUGGCAAGGCGUCUAGUCAGACUCGGUCACGGUAGUUGCCAAUGAAAAAAAUGUUGGUUCUACACUUACACUGUGACUGUGUCAAUGUUGUAUAAUUAAACCAUAAAUCUCACCCUGUAUAGUUAGUAACACAGGCCUAAUUGCAUUCAUUGUUAUAAGGAAUCACCGUUCAAAGUGUCAAUUUCGUUCUUCAUCAAUUGUGUGAGAGAGGUGUUUUGAGCACCCUUAUAAUCUGAGAUUGGUUACAAUGGCCUAGGAUGGGUUGGACUUCUAACUUAAAGGCCCUCUUACAUAUUAGGGUAGUAGUUUUCUAGCUUAUGAUAUUGUUAUUGGUUGGGAUUGGUUCAUAGUGUAACACGUUUGAAUAAAAUUAUACGCACCAAUUUAUUUUAUUUUU